GCUUGACUUGACCAAGCUUUGAGGUUUCGCGCUAUCACGUUAUCAAUCGAUCGUGCCGGGUAUUGGUAUAACUAGAGCGGCGUGCGCCGGCGACCCUCAGUGCCGCUCGAGAUGAGCUCGUGGACAGUCAUGUUUGGUGUUCUUGUCAUCGCUUGCUGCGCGAUCUCAACGUCCGCAUGGCCGGAAACGUCCGACUGCAGCAUCCGGGCCAAGACCGAAGCGGGAUGGGUGUGCGGCACGAGGAGAGUAGGGGACUUCGGCUUGUUGUACGCCAGUUUCAGAGGAGUGCCGUAUGCCAAGCAGCCUCUGGGAGACUUGAGGUUUAAGGAGCUGCAGCCCCCGGAGCCAUGGGAAGGUUUCCUGGACACGACGAACGAAGGCCCGAUCUGUCCGCAGCAGGACCCACUUUACAAACGGCUGAUGCAGCCCAGCGGCGUCAGCGAGGCUUGCAUCCACGCGAAUAUUCACGUGCCUGUUGCCGACUUGCCUUGGUAUAGUCACGGCAGGCCCGCGCGAGGCCUGGUCCCUCCGCACGAGGCCGGCUUCGAUGACGACAUCCUCGGCAUCAGCUCGGGUCUUCCGAUCGUGGUCUUCAUCCACGGCGGCGGCUUCGCCUUCGGCUCUGGUGAUGCCGACGUCUAUGGCCCUGAGUUCCUCGUCAGCAAGAGGGUCAUUGUCAUUACGUUUAAUUACAGACUGAAUGUUUUUGGGUUCCUAUCGUUAAACUCGACGAGUGUCCCUGGUAACAAUGGCUUGCGGGACAUGGUGACCCUGCUGCGAUGGGUGCGGAGGAACGCGCGGUCAUUCGGAGGAGACCCGUAUGACGUCACGUUAGCUGGACAGAGCGCUGGGGCUAGCAGUGCACAUCUACUGUCCUUAUCGCCAGCCGCCGAAGGACUCUUCAAGAGGGUAUGGCUAAUGAGUGGUGUAGGUCUACCGAUCUACUUCACCACCUCGCCGGCGUUCGCGCAGACUGCGGCCACGGCCUUCCUCACCGCAAUGAACAUCAACUCCACGGACCCUGAGGAAAUCCAUCAGAUACUGGUCGAAGCUCCUCUUGAGAAGAUCAUGGAGGCCAAUAGCAUUAUGCUGGACAUGUUCGGCUUGUACACUUUUACGCCAGUCGUCGAAUCUUCACAUCCAGGUGUAACUACAAUCAUAGACGAAGAUCCAGAUGUGUUAGUAGCGCGAGGCCGCGGGAAGCAGAUCCCCUUAGUAGUAGGCUUCACUAAUGUUGAAUGCGAGUCUUUCCGAAAACGAUUCGACCAGAUUAAUUUCAUCUCGCAAGUAAAAGCAAACCCCCUAUUGGUCGUAUCUCCUCAUCUCCUUUUGACCAAACCACCAACAGUAUUACCGAGCAUUGCAAAUGAAAUUCAAGAUAAAUACUUCAACGGAACAAUAAAUUUGGAUAAUACGGUGAAACUGUGUACAGACCAGUAUUUCAAGUAUCCAGCUUUUAGACUGGCAAGUAUGCGAAGCAAAACCGGCGGAGCUCCUAUGUAUUUGUAUCAGUUCUCAUAUGAUGAUGUUAACAGUGUUCUGAAAGAGGGCUGGGAUAUUUCCUACACGGGCGCAGCUCAUAUCGAGGACAUGACGUAUGUUCUGAGAACGAACUCAAUCGUGGGCAAUGAAAGCUUGUACGCUACUCUCGAGAAUGAAGGUUUAAUGAAGGAUUGGAUGACAAUGCUGUUCACGAAUUAUGUACAAACCGGCAACCCUAACCGCAACGACGACGGCUUUGUUGGGUACUGGCUGCCAGUAAACAAGCACCAGAUCAGGUACCAGGACAUCUGCAAACCAGGCGAGAGCUACGGCUUAAAACUGACAGACAACUCUCUAGACACCAAGAGAUUCUUCGAUAGCAUCUUUGAUAAGGUUACAGGUUAAAGAAGAUUGGGAGUGUCCAAGGAAACUGUUAAAGGAACCAGGAAUGCAAAGACGUGUCAUGUUGCUCAAUCUGGGAUAAUCUUCAUACAGUCAUGGAAUAUUUAUAAUGCCUAAUGGAGACGGAAUGAUGCAAUUUUUACACAAUACGACAGUAUUUUAUCGCUGGUUCAACUAGCUCACAAUUAUGCUGCCAUAAUGUCCUUUCUUGAUGAUAUAUUGAUCAAAUCUAAAUCUAAAAAAGUGCGCAAUAUUAUGAUUUCACCGGCACAAAGGCUUUUAUCUCGCGUUAUUUGUAGCGGAUUCCAUGUCUUGUGGAGAUGCACAGAGUUUUUAACUGGCACGUUUUCAUUAGCUAAUUGGAUUUGCUGUAAGCGUAUUACCAAGUUUGUUACAUUGUUGGGCGGUGUGUUGGUUAAUUUACUAAUAGGUUAAUGGAUUCAGAAGAUUGUUAAUUGCUUGAAUGUACUUAUAAUUUGCGUAGGUGUUGGCUUGUAGUUCGUUAAGAGGAUUGAUGUAAUAGAUUGGUUUAAUGUAAAUAUUUAUUAUGUUAAGUUCGAAGAUAACAUGUGAAUGUCGGAGAAAGCAAAUAUUUUUUAAAUGAAAAAGAUAAGCAGAUAACUAUUCUCUAUACAAGAGAGUAUUACCCUCAUUAUCUGCUAUGAAUGAUGUUUCAAAUUCCUUGGAUAUUAAUAUGUAUGGCACACACUGUGCGUGAUCCUAUGACUGGCUGCAGUAAAAUUAUAUUAUUAUUUAUUUAAACAUUAUACGACUGAUCUCUCUUCAAAUUUACAAGAACAAUGAUAUUAAGACUAUAUCUAGACUUAUAUAAAGUAUUCGAUUGACCAAAAUUACAUUUAAUGAUUAAAAUGUAUUUGUUUCAGCCCAUUCUUAUAAUAUGGCAUUUGUGAUGGACAUGUGGCGAUUAAAAAUAAAUCAGAUAGUGAUGUUGGUUUUAGUAAAUGUUUAGAACCACAUUAUAACUAAUUAACUACAGUACUUAUGUAUGGUUACAUGUAGAAUAAUAUAAACAACAACGCUUCACUAGUGGGAGAAGGGGUGAACGAAGAAAAAGAACGUUUGUUCUAAGAGUUUCGACAUCUAUACAUCACUUGACCCGAAAUUUUGCGUUAAUAUGGCCGUAAAUCUCCACACUGAAAAUAAUUUCAUUGAUUGGUUGGGCUAUGGUCAUUAUCAGCAGACUAAAACAGUGCUGAGCUGAUACUAUGUGAUAGAAAGUCGGCAAUACCACAAUAUAGUAUGAAAUAGGUUCGACUAUUGUCAUAGUUUAAGUGCUGUGCGUGUUGUGUGCUGUGAUAAACUGUAAUUGAGGAAAUGUGUACUGUAUGUUGAAACUGACUGAAUAUAAUUUAGAGAAGCGGUAUUAGGUAUUUUAUUGUAACAUAUUUUGUAUUUAUUUUCCGUGAAUAAAGUUUUACUGAAUGA